ACAACACCGUCUCAAUGGAGGAGAGUAUUUCGCCGCCGCCCACGACACACCCAUGGCUGCCCCCUUCAGAGGGCUGACCGGCGCUAGGCGGCUUUUGCUGCGCCCAGGCGGAUUGGCUGCGCUCCGCAGGCCGCAGCGCGCUGGAUACGCAAGGCAAAGCAGCCCGACUCCCUUCGGCGACGAAGGCAACGACAAAGCCCACCGCCCCCAGGAGGACCUUGCCGCGAGCCUCGACCCCAAGGCCUCUAAGCAGCAGCAAGCCGUCUUCCCGCGCCUCAACGAGCCGCACUACCACGUCGACACGCUGCCGCCCACGGACGCACAGCUCGCAUACGCCGCGACCUUCUUCGCGAAAGCAAAACCGCACUUCCUGUUCUCAUGCAGCGAGUUCCGGCACUUCCCCGCCGAGUCGUCGACGCCAGAAGUGGCGUUCCUGGGGCGCAGCAACGUGGGCAAGAGUUCGCUGCUGAACGCGCUGCUGGGGAAGCGGGCCGUGAGCGGCGCCGAACGGCACAGCAACACGGCCAAAGUCAGCAGCAAGCCCGGGCGCACCAAGACGAUGAACUGCUUCGCCGUGCGGCUAGGGGGCGACGAGGCCGGCGGCGUGAAAACCGCCCUCCGCAACGCCGACGGCGACAUCGUCGACGCGCACGGCAAGAAGACGCGCGAGGCGCAUGCGCGCCGCUGGAUUGCCCCCGGCCAUAACCAGCUCGUUGUUGUCGAUAUGCCGGGAUAUGGGUACGGCAGCCGCGACGCCUGGGGCACAGAAAUCAUGAAGUACUUGACGGGAAGGCGGCAGCUGCGCCGCGCGUACGUCCUCGUCGACGCUGAGCAUGGCUGCAAGGACUCUGACAACCAGAUCCUCCAACUGCUCGCUCAGAACGGCGUCCCCCACCAGGUCGUCCUCUGCAAGGCCGACAAGCUGCUCUGGCCCCGCGCGAAGCUUUCGGCUUCCGCCCUGGCGCGGGGCUGCCUGCUGCUGCGCGAUGCCGAGGAGCGCACUAUCCAGACCCUGCGUACUGGCGCGCAUGGACACCGUUCCCCGGGGGCUGACGAGGGCAAAGAGGGCAAGGAGCGUGCAAGGCGCGGCGCCGGCAGCGGCCAGCCGGGCCUGUUGGAGGUGUUGGCCGUGAGCUCGGAGAAGAGUCUGGCGCCGAAGAAGACGCCCAAGAUUGGCAUUGAUGGGCUGCGCUGGGCGGUUCUGCGCGAGGCGGGCAUGGAGUCGAUUUCUGGUGUUGUGUGAGUCGAUGACCGAGGGCUUGUGGCCGAGAGCUUGUGGACGAGAGUUUCUGGGCGUUAAAGCGCGCAGUCUGCGGUCGCAUGGGCUGGUUAAUACCGUACCUACUAUCAAAGAGACGGAAAAGGAUUCUUGUAUAUGAUAUACCCCACGACGGGCCUUGUAUAUCAGCCACAAAAGCAUAUCACGACAUUCUUAUUUACAGGUGCAA